AUGACAGACACCAAGACCUCAGAUCCUCGAGAUCGUUCUGUUUCAGCAUUGGCUUCAGCCUCAACCUCGGCCUCCAACCCAGCAGACUCCACCACUACCUCUGCCCAAACAAAGAAACAAACGCAGUCCAACUCUCAAUCCUCUUCGCUCUACCCCGGUCUCGGCGCUAACUUCGCCCAUGACCCUAAGGCCCCAUUUUCCGUCAAUUACGACCAAGAGGUCUAUUUCCAGUUUAUGGCUGGGGAAGAAGGUACUGACACGGGGUCACCUGAUGCAAACAAAAACAAGAAUAAGAAUAAGACGCUCAACCAAAUCUAUCGGGAGGAAUGGGUGCGUCGUGCAUUAAAUCCCGCGAUUUCAGACCCAAGGGGUGACCCGAGUCCGAUCGAUUUUGAGUGCGCGGAGAGUCAGAGGAUUAGGGAGAGGUUUUGA